AAAUUAGAAAUUCUUUUUUCUCUUCUUUUCGUUUCUUUCUUUCCUUUCCUUUCCUUUCCUUCUUCACUAACUCACUUUGUACAUUUCUCUCGCCCCCACAACAACACCGGUCACAUCCUUGACACGUUAUUUCUGUACUAUACGCCACCUUCUCACCCAUCUAUCCUCACAUCUUUCACUUUUAACAAACCAUGUCUUCUACUACUACUACUACUGCUGCUGCUGCUGGUUCAAAGGGUCGUGUGCUCCUGGCCUACUCUGGUGGACUCGAUACUUCCUGCAUCCUUGCAUGGUUGAUCGAACAGGGAUACGAGGUCAUGUGCUACAUGGCUAACGUCGGACAGGAAGAGGAUUUCGAUGCUGCUGUCGUCAAGGCUAAAGGUUGUGGAGCCACCAAGGUUUUCGUUGAGGAUCUGCAACGCGAGUUCGUCGAGGAGUUGAUCUACCCAGCUGUUCAAGCCAACACUAUCUACGAAGGAGUCUAUCUUCUCGGAACUUCGCUCGCCCGUCCUGUCAUUGCUCGUCGUCAGAUGACUCGAAAUGUCUUGGAACAGAAAGGAUCUAACGGUUUCUUGGAUGUGAGAAAGGAAGAUUAUCUCUCACAAACACCUGAACUUGAGCCUGAUCCUGAUCCUAACCCUGAUCUGACACACAUGAUGGAGAUUGCUGCUCGUGAGAACUGUCAAUACGUCUCUCAUGGAUGCACUGGCAAGGGUAAUGACCAGGUUCGUUUCGAAUUGGCAUACUAUGCUCUCAAGCCCGAUAUCAAGGUCAUCGCCCCAUGGCGUAUUCCUGCUUUCUAUGAACGCUUCCAGGGUCGUAAGGACUUGCUCGCUUAUGCUGCCGAAAAGUCUAUCCCUGUUGUGCAGACAGCUGCCAAGCCCUGGUCCACGGACGAGAACUUGUUCCACAUCUCAUAUGAGGCCGGUAUCUUGGAGGAUCCUGAUGUGACCCCUCCCAAGGAUAUGUGGAAGCUCACUGUUGAUCCCGAGGAUGCACCCAACAUCCCUGAGCGUAUCACCAUCGAGUUUGCUCAGGGCAAGCCCGUGAAGGUGAUCAACAACUCCAAGGAGAACAAGGAGGUAACAGGAGGCUUGGAGAUCUUCUUGUACUUGAACCAAUUGGCUCGUCAGAACGGUAUCGGACGUCUGGACAUUGUGGAGAACCGAUUCAUUGGCAUCAAGUCCCGUGGCUGUUACGAGACCCCAGCAGGCACGAUCUUGCGUGUGGCCCAUAUGGACUUGGAGGGCUUGACAUUGGAUCGUCAGGUUCGCAACUUGCGUGAUCAAUUCGUGACCCCCCAAUACUCCAACAUCCUCUACAACGGACAGUACUUCUCACCCGAGGCCGAGUUCCUGUUGUCUGCCAUUGCUGCCUCCCAAAAGUCUGUGAAUGGAGAGGUCCGCUUGAAGUUGUACAAGGGCAAUGUGGUGGUUGAGGGACGUUCUUCAAAGACCAACAACUUGUAUGAUAUGGAGGAAUCAUCCAUGGAUGUCCAGGGUGGCUUCGCUCCCGUUGAUUCUGAAGGUUUCAUCAAGAUUCAAUCGAUCCGUCUCAAGAAGUGGGGAUUGAGCCAGAAGUUGAUCUAAAAGAAAAGAAGAAGAAGAAGAAAAAGAAAAACCACACAUACACACACAUAUAUAUAUACAUAUAUUAUAAAAAAGCAUCCCAUGUAUUUACUCAAUUUUUUUUAUAACCAUUCAUCCAUG